CGGAGUGCCAGCACUCGUGUUUAUAGUGUUUACAGGGUUCUAACAUAACCUAUAUAAGAUACAAUGGAUUUAUUGUAUACUGUAAAUAGAAAAGUGGCACCAAAACCAUUUAUAAAUCAGGAAAGCUCAUUUAUUAGUUCAGCAUCAGUCUUUCCGUGAAUUUUAAAUAUGCUUUUAUCACACCCUGUAUGAGGGACAAUCUUUAUGCUCACUAUCUAGCCGUAAUAUAGCAGCAUUUACUACAACUACAGAAUUAGAUGAUAACAGUGGGAAAACAUGGGGUUCUCAUGUUUAUGUAUGCGAUUUAAAUAUGCCUUGGCAUACCCACAAGGUAUUGUCAAAUAAGAAUACUAUUACUGCAAUAGAAUGGGAUUUACCAGGUGAUAAAUUAGUUAUUGCUGAUUCAACUGGGCAUGUACAAUUAUGGAUGUUGAAAGAUCAUGUCCUUAAUGACUGGGUAUUAAUUGGUUCCACUUGUUUUGUUGGUGAGCAUAUAUUAGGUGCAGCUUGGUUUCAUAAUGGGAAAAAGAUUGGUCUUGUAACAGAGAAAAAAGAUAGUAUUCAUUACAGUGAAAAAUUCAAUCACUUGCCUUUUGCUCCUUCAGUCAGACAAUUUGGUGGAAGGGCUGCUGAGGGUGUAUUAGUUGUCUCAACCACUGGCAUGGUUGGAGCAAUUAUGAUCACAAAAGAUUUUCAAAACCCUAUCUGUUCUUCGACAGAAAGUUUAGGCAGUAUAAGGCAUAGGAUAACAGCAGUUGAUCUGUGUUACGGGAAAAAUGGUCAUAUUUUGGUCGCUGUAAGCAGCGGUAAUAUUUGCUUACCAAUCAGGUGUUACAGAGUAUUAGUCCGUAAAAAUGACGAUAAAUGUACCAUUACAUCUCAAGCACUUCCAAGUUUCUUUCUACAGGAUGGUGUACCAAAGGACAAUACAUAUACAAGUGUGACACACUUAAAGUUCGUAGUUCGAGAAGAUGCAGAUUCUUUAGUUGUUGCUGUUAAUAGUGAUAGUGGAGGUAUCGUAGAGGUAUGGGAAUUGAGGGAAAAGUCACAACCAGUUCACAAGUUGUUUCAGCCAAAAACAUUAGAACCAUUUAAAACAGUUGUGGUUUGGCAGCAUCAAUCACAGUACCGUUGUCAAUCACCGAUAACAGCGAUAGCAACAACAAAAUUACCUAUAGUCACCACAUCGCCUCUUCCAAGUUACGUUGUAGUAGCUUUGGCAGAUUCGUCAGUGCAUUGUUUAAGCCGUGAUUGCCUAAAAGAAAUAGCCUUAUCGUUCUUAAAUAUGGCAUGGAGGCCCGAGGAACCUAACAAUAAAUACUUUAAGAGUUCAGUUUCCGUAACGAGUAUAGACUUAUCGUGGCUAGGUUGCGUACUUCUAGCUUGCGAUACCCGUGGAAACUUGUAUCUGUACAAAUUACUACCCGAUGGAGGACCAUCGUUGGCAUUAAGCUACGCUUGUACAUUGUUGGAAUAUUGUUUAGUAACAGGAUUAGACUGGUUAGAUGUGCUUUUGUGUCUAAGAUCAUCGAUGAUCGAGCCAUUAUGCGAAAGACUGGAUGUUUCUUUCAAUAGACAAUUACAACCGAUACAACAGUACCAUUAUAUUCAGUUUCUGUGUAUAAAAACAUCAUUAUACAGAAUGUUAGUAUCAGGACAGAGUAAAGCAGCAGAUUUAUCGUCGUUGCUUAUGAUUCAUUCUGUAGCUACAGCUUUUAAGUCAUUAUUAAGGCCGUCAGAUUUAAUUUCCCAUGAUAAGGAACCAGCAGAAAGUUUGGCAACAGUAAUUAAUGACGCGAUUACUGAUGUGGAUAAGGUACUUUUGCAUCUUGAUCCAAAAGAAUUCACCGUCGAACCAAGUACACUACAAUCGUUGCAACAAUUGAUUCAAUGGGUCGCCGAUUUGGCAUUGAAUCUUUUAGCUCGUCUUCCGGAACAACGAUUGCAAAUGAAGUCAGGCGGUUAUGAACUCUUGAAGGAUCACAAGGCCUUAAAUACAUUGAGGGAAUUGCUCGUGAUCAUACGUAUAUGGGGUUUAUUGCGACCCUCGUGUUUACCAGUAUUUCUUCGCAGUGCUGAUAACCUCGAUGUAUUGGCUCUGUUGUUCCGUUUAUUAUCAAAAUUGGUUCAACCGAACGGAGAUACUCAGUCUCAGCAGGUUGAUGAUGGUUUAAUUGAUGAUUGUUGCCUGUUACCAAAUCAAAUUAUGAUACCACAAUUGCACCAGGGUAGUAGCAUUAUGGCUAUAGCUACUCCUAUACUUUUUUAUCAAAGUUUUCCGUUACAGCUGGAAUAUGGCAUUGAACCUGAACAAUUAUUAUUUGUACCUGAACUUAAUCCAGUUGAAGGUUGCAUGCAUACUGGACAGAUCGUAGAUGGUAUUAGACAUUUGUAUCUCGGAAAACAACCACUUCUUGUUAAACAAUGUACAAGGUGCGGUGGAAAAGCUCAAGUUCAAAAUAUGACCAGAACAGCCGCGAUCAGAGCAUGGGAUCAACGAUGGGUACGAGCAUGUCGUUGUGGUGGUAUUUGGCGAAUUCAUAAAACUUGUCCAUAACUCAUUCACUGGAAGUAGUGUAUUGAUGAAUUUUAUGUUACAGUAAUUGUAAUUGCAAUUUUGUACAUUAUGAAACAAAUAACAUUAAAGGUUUUUUAAAAUUUAACGUACAA